AGUUAAGGGCCCCAUUUCCUAUAUACAUAUAAAUCUUGAUCAUGUUUCUUAUAUUCAUAUAAAACUUGAUCAUGGGACCGUGGCUUUUGACUUCCUCAUACCUUAACUGACUUUAAGACAUACUGAACGUUAUAGAAUAAGUGGCACAUGGCAACAUCUGCAAGUACUCCCUGUGAUGUCUGUGCUGGGCAGUCCAUAUCUAAAGAGGCUGUCAAAUGGUGUUCUGAAUGUGAAGAAGCCUAUUGUUCGGAAUGUAUCAACCACCAUAGAAUUGCCAAGGCAACAAAAGAUCAUCAAGUCAUAGCUGUAGAAAAUUACUCGAAAUUACCCUCUUUUGUAUUAGAAACCAAGCAUCACUGUGAAAAACAUGGAUCACGUUUCCAAAAUUACUGUCGUAGUCACGAGAGUCCAUGUUGCACACGAUGCAUUGACACAGAUCAUAAGAAAUGCUCCGACUUACCACCGCUUGAUGAUGUCAUUCAGAACGCAAAAUCAUCAGUCGCGUUCGCGGAUAUUGAGGAACGUCUUAAAAGUCUUAAGAAAUUCUUUUCUGAAGUCAUUACAGAAAGAGAAGAAAACUUAAAUGAACUAAAAGAUCAGCGUGAGACGAUAGAAAAACAAGUAAGAAAAAUAAGAAUAGAUAUCAAUCAGCAUCUUGAUAGGUUAGAGGAGCAAAUAAUGAUCAAACUGUCCAGCCAAGAGAACCACCAUCAAAAAGAUGUCGAGAAAUUAUCAAAACAGUUGAAGGUACAGUCCUCUCGAAUAGAAAGCCUACUUGAAAACCUGGAACCAAUAAAGCAGUAUGCUUCGAAUUUGCAGACCUUCUUGAGCACGAAGGAAAUGGACAGGGAACUGUAUGAAACUGAGAAGGAAGUUGAAGUUUUAUGCAAAGAUGACAGUUUGAAUAGAUACGGUAUCUCAUUUAUUAAGGACGACAAGCUGAGAAAUUUCAUGGAAAACUUACAGUCUUUUGGAGAAGUUUCAAGUUCGUAUGAAAAGACGAAAAUUCUUCAUGAGAAAGUAGAUCAAGCACAGAUAGUUGCAGUACCAAGGAAACAUGUUGAAAACAUGAAUCUUGUACUUGAAAAGAAGAUAGUGGUUCCUAGACCAGGUAAAAGUAGUUUUGGUUCAGUUACGGGAUGUUUAGUAUUACAAAACAAACAUUUUCUAUUUUCAUAUUUUGAUAGCUUGAAUAGUAACAAUUGUUGUUUAAGUUUGCUAGACGAACAUGGCAAUGAAAUAUUUGUUUUUAAACAUGACAAAAUUGGUGGAAUUUAUCCUUAUGGUAUUGCUGUUAUCAAUGAUACAACAGUAGCUAUAGCACCAGUGAAUCGUUCAAAAUCAAUUAUAAUCUUCAACAUUGAAACCAGAAAGGUAUUCCAAGUGAUAGAAACUAAACACCCAUGCAGUGGUGGGAUAUCAUGUUUCGAAAAUACUCUGAUAUACAGUUGCGGGAAAGAAGGUUUGGAAAUGAGAUCACUGGAUACAGGAAAAGUCCAUACUUUGAAAUUUGCUAAACUUGAUCCAUGGGAGCACACUUUAUUCAAGAACAAAAUCUAUAUUACAGAUAAUAGCAGUGAUACAGUAAUAUGUUAUGACAUGGAUGGAAAAGUCCAUUGGAGAUGGCAAAAUGUUGACGAAAUUAAGUAUAUUGGCGGAGUAGCCGUCGAUAAUAACUCAAAUGUUUAUAUUGCGGGUGUAAAGUCAGGUCGCGUUGUGAUUAUUUCACCCGACGGCAAAACUUUAAAGUCUUUUAUACCGGAAGGUAUCAAAUGGCCAAGAGCAAUUUAUUACGACAAAAUGACGAAUAAACUUUUGAUUUGCGAAAAUAAUGGAGAUGCGGGGAUAUAUUCUGUCUCCUAAAAUUACAUUCGUGUUAUCGCUUAUUUUGUCAGAAAAUUUUCAUGUAAUUAUAUUAUAAAUCAAUUUUAAUAAAGAGGUGUGUACUGCUUUGUA